AUGAUAAAAGGAGAGGCGCCGGAGGAGAAGCCACCGCCGCCGUCGUCGGAUCGGGAAUCGGACGGCGGGGACGAUCUAUCGCACUACUCCUCCUGCGGCGGUGAAUCGGAGUUCGACAGGUACUGCAGUGCCAGCUCGGCCAUGGGUACCCCCAGCUUCCGGGGCAGCUCGUACGGGGACCCGGAUUUCGGGCCGCUGAGGGGCUUCAGACCCGGGGUAGAAAGUGUUAAUUCUCAGAAUCGUGAGGCGGAUAGGGUGUUAUCGAGCUGUGGUGAAUCGAAUUUGAAUGGGAAAAUGGAAGGUUUUGAUGUCGGUGGUCGAUGGGGAAAUGGGGUUUUGAUUGGGAAUGAAAACGAGACGGUUGGUGGGGCGAGUGUUCGGAAUUCGGGUGAUUUUCCGGUAGUUGGUGAUGUUAACAACAGUGAGGCAAUCAAGAACUCAUCAGAUGAAAGUGAAAUUUCGUCAAGGUACGAGCACUUGGAAGGUGAGGACUCGAUGUUUGGAUGUGGUAGUGAUGGAGAGAAUAAGAUUGGUUCAUAUUAUAACAAGAAAGCUCCUCUUUUUGGUGGAGAAAAUGAAAGAAGAGAAAAUCGGCUGGUUAUGAAUUCAGCGGUGGCCUUUGGUUCGGACGAUUGGGACGAUUUUGUUAACGAAAGCAGGGAAAGUACGAUUGGUUCAACGGGCUGGAAUAUAAUCCAAACCGGACGAGAGGCCAGCAUUCGAAAUGAUGUUAGUUCUUUAGGGUUUAGGACCGAUAAUCCUGUAACGCAUCGUGAUACAGUCGAAGGAAGGGAAAAUGAGGCUGGUUGUACAUUAGCUGAGACAGACGUGAAUGUUCCGUUUACAAAAUCAACCAAUCUGAUGAAAUUUGGUGCACGAUCUGUGGAUGCUGAAAGAGUGGUUGCUUUGAGUAAUGAAGUGAAUGAUAUGGAUGAAUUGGCUGAUUAUCUUGGUCCUACUUCUAGUUACAGUUUGUUUGAAAGGAACGAAGAUCCUGUGAGAAACGAAGUGUCGGAAAAAGAGAAGCUGAAAAUUGGCGAAAGUGAAACCAAAGUGAACAUUGGUGAAAGUGAAUGCAAAGUGAAAAUUGAAGACAGAACUACUCUCGAGAUCAUUCGUCGUUCUGAUAUUGCAUUGAACAAUAAGAGUUCGGAGGUUAAAAACAAAGAAUUGGACUCUCUUUCUGAAUCUGGGACCAAUCACCAUCAUCUGGUUCGAGCAAAUGAUAAUGAACCAGACCAUUUUGCAGAUACCUCGACAAGUGCCACGGCAGAGAAGAACUAUUCUUUUGCAUUUGAUCAAGCUGAAGAUCAUUUUGUGCCGGAUAAGAAAAUGGAUUUCGAGUUGAAUGAUUUCUAUGAUGAAAUCGUUAGCGAAAUGGAAGAUAUACUGCUCGACUCGGGCGAGCCCUCUAGGUCUAGAUUUACCCAUAGUGCUACAAUAUACCAAUCCCAUUUUUCUGACCCUUCGAGAGACGGGGGCUCCACUGCUUCAACAUCUGGCACGGAUUAUGCUUACAAUUUCUUUCAUCAACCUCCUAAAAUCGAUAAAAUAGAGAGUGGCCAGCUUUUCUGCCCGUCGUGCCAUAAUAAUGAUACUGCUGUGUUGCCAGCUAGAGUCCUUCAUCAUUGGGAUUUUACUCGGUACCCUGUUUCUCAAAUGGCUAAGUCGUUUUUGGAUUCUAUUAAUGACCAGCCAAUGCUUUGUGUCAGUGCCGUUAACCCGUUCCUAUUUACAAAAGUGCCGACUUUGCAGCAUGUGGCGAAUAUCCGAAGUAGAAUAAGAGCAAUGCUGCCUUAUGUUCACUGCCCGUUUCGUAGGUCCAUCCAUAAAGGUCUUGGGCCUCGUGGUUAUCUUCUGGACAGCAAUGAUUUUUUCGCACUGAAAGACCUCAUCAGUCUCUCUAAUGGAGUUUUUUCAGCACUGCCCGUGAUGGUUGAAACUGUAUCUCGAAAAAUCCAGGAACACAUCACUGAGCAAUGCCUUGUAUGCUAUGAUGCUGGUAUUCCCUGCGGUGCUCGAAAUGACUGUAACAAUCCACUUUCUCUAAUUUUUCCUUUUCAGGAAGGAGAGGUCGAAAAGUGUAAAUCCUGUGAACUGGUUUUCCACAAAAAUUGUUUCGAAAAACUGGCUUCUUGUCCUUGUGGUGCUCGUUUCAACCACGAGCAACCGAAGCAAGGUUCCAGUAAUAGUUUGAACAGCAACUUGAAUCUAAUUGAGAAAAAAAGGGCAGAAAAUAGCACGACUGGGCUUCUUGCCGAUUUGUUCUCCAAAGUAAUGCCAGGAAGGUCCCAAAUUCCCAGAAAAAAGGAAACGAGACGUGUGGACAAUGUUAUUCUAAUGGGUUCGAUUCCACACAAUUCCCUCUGA